CCCAGUUUCGCUACGUAAAAACAACGAAACAUACUGUUAAUAAAAUAGUAAUAAUAUCGUCUUUUGCGAUCGUGUCCCGGCAGUCCGUCGUCGACGAUUCGUGUGGUCCCGGCGCAGCAGUAAGCGAGUGCGGCCCCGAAAACACGCGCGUUUCUCGUGCUUUACGGAAAUAAAUGAUCGGUUUCAUUUCGGUAAGUAUAUAAUAUACUAUGCUAGUAAUAAUAUAACGCACGCAGUACAAUAGUGCGGUACAGAGCCCGAGUGCUUACAGAUUUUCGGAAUCUGCAGGGAAACCAACCGGGGAUUAAUAAUAAUGUUGCCGAGAAAAAAAAAAAAACCGAGACCACGUAAAAAUCCGUAAAUAAUCCGUUGUUUUACGUUUCGAAUUAUUUUGUAAAGUAUACCGAAUCGCCGUGUCUAAAUACCGUAUACGUAAUUAUACACUGUACGAGUUAUCCGUAAUGCAUAUUAAACAAUUCGCUUAAAUCAGCCUCUGAUCGUAUAACAUCGUCUAUAUUUUAUAUGUGUACUAAAAAUAUAAUACUCCGAACGAUUACAAAAUUUAUUAAAUACUAUAGUCAAGUUUGUUGGACGAUCGCGGCGGCUGUGACUUGUGGAUGUCCGAAUUUCGUUUCAUAACGGCAGAUGAUUGCUAUGUCAUCAUCGCGGGUUUUUUUUUUUUUUUAACCUAUUCUUUACAAUAUGAACAAUAAAAUACAGCAACGGGUUUCGAAUAGAGAUAUAAAUAUUGUUAAAUGUAAUCAAUAUAUUUUUAUUAAUUUUAUAAAUUCAAAAAUAUUUCAGGAAUACUGCUGAAAUAUUACUAUACUACUUUUUUUUUUUUUAUAUUUUUUUAUAUUAAGACAUUAUUAUUUAAAUUAAAUGUUUUCGGGUAAUUUUGUGCACGGUUUUUUUUUUUUUUUUAGAGUGAGAAAAUACAUCAAACUCCAUGUUAUUAUUUAUUAUAUACACCUAAGCAGUGGCGGCGUAAACUCACAUCAUGAGUGAAUCUUACGAAAUUAUUUGACUAAACUGUAUAUACCUAUAAAUGAUUCAACGCCAGCCCAUUUUAUGUAAAAAGUAAUAUGUAUAAUGUAUAUAUUAUAAUAUAACUUUGUUAUUAUUAAAUAAAUUACCUUUUUCAAAAACAAUUAAGUUUAAGCCAACUGAUUCUACUUCAAGUAGUAAGUAAAAAGAAGAAAGUUAUCUAAUGUCCACCCAGUUAAUCAAACCCACCUAUUAAAAAACCUAUAUGGUUCUCCAAGCCUACAGAACUACCAUCGCGACGCCACUGUCCCUAGAUAUUAUGUAUUUGAUAAAUAAAUUAUUAUAUCGAAUUUAUUAGCUUUAUCUUGUUACGCGAAUAGCAUUACUCGUAUAUUAUAUGGGCAGUGACAGAUGGAGAUUUAUGAACAAGGUAACUGAUGGAGAAAAAGACGAAAGAAAAAAAAGUAGAAUAUUAUUAUAAGAUGCUUUAUAACAAUAUAAUAAUUUAGGCAUAUAAGUGCUGUCGUGUUUUUCGGACGUUCGGAUAAUUUAAAACACUAGAUUUUAUUUUUUCGAGGUGCUUUGCCAACUUUAUAUAAUUUUCAAAAUUGAUGAUUAUGAAAAUUAUAAAAAAAUUACUUCGUAUCAAGUGCAUCAGUACUAAAAUUACGAUACCUUAUUCAUUUUCAUUAUUAAAAAGGUUAGUUUUACAAAGCUUUACAAUAAUUAGUAUUUAACAUGCAGGGACGGAGUGGGUGGUCUGGAAAUGAGAAUUUUCCAAAUGGUCUGGAUUGUGUUAAGGCUUGGAGGUCUGAUAUUUCUGUAUAAUACUUUACUUGCUUAUAUUAUGUAAAAAUUUAGUAAAAAUUAAUUUCCCAACCAAAACACGUGUUGUUUCUGCUGUGAUUUUAUUCCAUUCCUUUUCUAGAACGUUUUUAGAGUUUCCUUACUUGAAAUAUUGUGAUCUCGAAUUUUUCUAUCCAAAUUCUCAAUAGGAUUAAUGUCUGGAGACUGUAGUGGCGUCACGAGAUAUUCAAUUACAUUUUUCGACAACCAAGCCUUAAUUUUUUUUGCAGUAUGCUUGGGAUCAUUAUCCUGUGUAAAUAUGAAAUCAUCUUUGAUGCCCUUUUUUUCAGCACUGGCUACAAGAUUUAUCUUCAAAAUAUUUAAAUAAAUAUCUUGGUAUAUAAUUCCAUUAAUAAAGUGCAAGUUUUCAACACACUGAGCACUCAUACAUCCCCAAACCAUUACAGAAUCACCUCCGUAUUUCACUGUAGGCUGUAAAUUCUUUGGUACCAUUUCUGUAUUCGCUUUUCUCCAUCAGAGCCAAAAAUAUUAAAUUUACUUUCGUCUUUAAAUAUAACUUUGUUCCAAAAGUUAUCAGAGUGAUGUAAGUUGUUUCUGACAAAAGCAAAUCUCUUUUGUCUAUUUUUUUUUUAUUUACAAAAUAUUUUCGACGAGCUUCCUGUCCAUGGUAAUCACUAUUUUUUAAAAAAUUUCAAAUUGUACUUACACAAACACGCACUCUAGAAAAAUUCUUAAUAUCUUGUGCUAUUUUAGGAGCGCUUAUUUUUGGAUCCAACUUGACUUUUCGUAUAACUAUACGUUUAUCAUUGUCAGAUAGUUUUUUUGGACGACUAAAUCGCUGCUUAUUUUCUUGACUUUUCCGCCCACUGUAUCGAUCUAUCACGUCUUUCACAGUGAUAUGAGCUCUGUUGACAAUUUUUAAUAUUUGACGUAAUGAUUGGCAUUGAUUAUGUACAUUUAAAAUUACCGCGUAAUGCGGUACCCAAUUUUAACAAUAAUUAUAUGUCCGUACGUUUUUUGGCAUUUAUUAACAAAACGGUAUCAAAUAAACUAAAUGUUUUUAUUUUCGAUUUGUCUAAUACUCCGCACGCUAAUAAUGUUGUUCUAAAAUGCAUCUUACUCGGGUCACAUGUGACGUACCUAUACGUACCUAUACUAUAUACCUACCUAAAUAUAAUUUAUUUAAUUGAUUAUUAUACUAUUAAGUUGAAACGAUUAAACUGCACUGAAACCAGAAUCGCCCAUAGUUAAAUAAUAAUAAUAAUAAUAAUAAUAAAAAAUUAGCAUAUUAUUCUAGAAUUCUUAAAACGAUUAGGUGCAUACAUUAUAUUAUGGGCCAGGCCCCGGUGGCGAAAAGUAUAAUAUUAUGCACUUUAAAAUGUAUACCGUGUAUAAUAUUAUGUAUUCUAGUAUGUAUUGGUUUAUAAAUUGAUGUUAUAACCCGUUCGUCGUAUCCUAUAGAAUAUAAUAACUUGUAUCCUUGAAUGUAAUCAAUAGUUCCCGAAGUUUUUAAUGGCGCGUUUACGCUUCAUUCGACUGUAGAUCGGGGUAAUAUUAUUAUCAUUAAAAUAAAAUAAUAAUAAUAUGAUUGAUGAUAAUAAUAUGUAUUUUUGAGCUACGGUGUUCACGUUAUAAUAUACGAACAACGAACUCGCGGUUAAUGUAGAAAAUAGAUUUCGGAAUAAUGUUUACGAAAUAAUUAAUUAUUUUGCGAUUCAGUCGAAUUUAUCCGUUUGGGACGAUUCCCAGCAGUCGUAUACUAAGAGUUUGGCGAGAUAUUAAAAAAAAAAAAAAUUAUCACUAAUUCACUUCAUACACUAUAUAAUAUCAAAGAUACAUAAACUAUUCAAGAUACUAUCGAUUUGUUUGAUUUUCAUGUUUCAACAUCAACGUGGUGAAUAUUUUACUAUAGCAACCUACGAUUUUUAAGAAUAAAUGCACUAAAGAAAAUAAAACAACAAUUACUAAUGAAUAUAAUAAAUAUAAGUAAACGUUUUUUAUUUAAUAUUAAUAACAAUUAAUGUACAUAAUGUUUAGAUGUUUAUUAAAUGAAAUUUAAACUUUAGUCAUUUUAUUGAUCAAUUCUGGAUUAGCCGUUUAGGCGCCUUUUAAAAAAAAAAAUCUUUCAAAUAAUUUAUUGUACAUCACGUUUGUACCUUUUUAAAUUUUUUAUUCGACCAAAAAAUAUUUAUCAUAUUCUUUAGCACAAAAAGAUAAAUGAUGCUGUAAUAAAAAGUAUCUUGAUACAAAAGAAAAUUGUAUCUAUAAUUAUAUACUGUUCAACCCUGCAUAUACUGUGGUGACAAUAAUACUAAAAAUUGCAAACAGCCAGUCCAUGAUUUGUUUUUCGAAUAAUCCACCCUUAACACAAGACCGCUAUAACUCAAAAUUUGGCACUUCUGACCGAUUUGUAUCAGUAGAAUUGCAAUAAUUUUUUUUUAAAAAAUGAUAAACUGCCAUAACAAUAGCGUAGCAAGGAGGGUGGGGUGUUUAAACAAGUAUAUGUUAUGUGUGUUUUUGUUAUAUUCACACAGUACAUUUACAAAGUUACAUUUAACACAAAAUGAAAAUACUCCUUAAAAAAACCCUGGCUACGCCACUGCACCAUAAUCUAUUAAAAUAUUAUUCUUGGUGUCAGUAUGGGAUUUUUUUUUCACUUUAAUGAAAACAAGACUGCUAAAUUAUAAAAUAUCGAUGUAUUGCUUUGUGAUAAAUUGUAUUUCAAUAAUAUCCUGAAAAGUUUAAACUACCGUAAUUGUAUUGAUGGUGGUUUAUAAUUAUUUUUUUUAGAAAAUACCGGUGUUAGUUGAGACGAAAUUUAAGAUUAUUGUUUUUAUGUUCAUGAUUGUUUUUAUUGUUAUGGCUAUCAUUUUUUUUUACAAGUGUACCUAAUAGAAUACUGGCUACUAUUCAAAAUCAAAAUAUGGUAGUAUUUCACUAGAAUUUAAAAACUGUUUUAUAAUUAUAAAUUCUCAGAAACGGAAGAUAUCUUAACAUUAUGUUAUGUAUAAUUUGAAUAAGGUAUGUAAAACGCAAAAAAAAAACAACGUGUGAGUUUCAUUGAUAAAACUAAAAAAUCGACAUCCUGGUUGGUGUUUAAAAUUCAAAGUCUUGCUCCGAGAGCGCGUUAUUAUUGCAGAGCCUAUAGGCGCUGGAUGGAUGUGCGUGCGUGUGUAUUUAUUUUUUAUUGUUCGAAAUUGGCCGGCGGUAUAUGAAAAUUACUUGGUAUAUUUGUGCGCAUCGUAUGUAUAUGCGUGCGUGUAUCUGUAAAUAUUAUAUAAACCUGAAAAAUAGAUUAAAAUCUGUUAAUUUCGACGGCUACAUUAGCGAAAAAAAAAAACCUCGAGGUAAAUCGGCGGUCUCUGCGGCGACGGCUGUCGCGUAUAAUGGGUGCGUAUCGAUCGUAUGUAUAGGUGGUCAGUUUAUGAAAGGGUCACGAAGGGGGUACACACCUACCUGGUGUAGAUAUUGUGUAGCCCCCCAGAGGCGGCGGUGGCGGUGUAGGAGACGGUGGCGGCGGCGGCGGUGGACGGUGGUCAGCAGUGCGGAGGUCGAUGUCCAUUCAAACGGACCAGCGGCGGCCAUUUGCCACUGAAUAUUACAUAAGAAGCGAAAUAAAAAAAACAGCACGCAUUAGUAGUCUAAACCGCGGUUAGGGUUUGUACAGCGCCUACCCACACCUACCUUUAUAAUAACGGUUCGAGCACACGGCGAAAUUCGACCGUCGCAAACGUUUUAUUUGCAUUUUUCUUUUCUCUACGUAAUACGUACAUAUUAUAGGUUCCUGCCAACGAAAUAAAAUUAUUUUUCAAACACGCUUGAUACGUCAUCGCAGUGACGUCAGAGGUUAUACCACUUCUACCCCCACCCCUGCUUGGAAAUAUAGUAGCCGUUAUGCGAAUGUAUUCGAUAAUUGUAUCGUGAAAUCAUUGUUACAUAUCAGUCAAGUUGCAAGGGGAAGAAAAAAAAGAUUUAUAUUUAUUAUUGAAUAAAAAUUCGUUUUUUUUUUUUUGAUCCGGCUUGCUAAGUUCUCAUUGUCGAAUUACCAUUUAUAGUUAGGCGUGCAAAAGGAAGAUUCUACGAUUUAUUCACGAAUCACGGUUAUUAUUCACAUUCACUAUACGUCCCCUCCUAUUGAAUAUUCUUAGGCACGCCACUGGGCUCACGCAGUUACAUUUCAUAUUGAUGAUUUUAAUAAUUAUAUAUUUUUACAUUCAUAUGGCCUGCAUUUUCGUAUAGACUGCGUGAGUAUUCAAAAUCGUGUAAACUUUAAGAAGACAUUAUAUCGUCUGUAUUUUCGCAUUAUUUUCAUCCGUGAUAGACGGAUAGAACAUUCCAUGAAAUACUGCAAUCAAAUAUAAUAUCGUGUUUAAAAAAAAAAAAAAAAACGACUUAAACACUAAUUAAUUUUUAACAUACUAAAUUACUAAAUUAUUUUGUACGAACUAUACAUAGUCAAUGUAAUAUAAUUGGCCCUUAAUACAAUAUAAUAAAUUUAGAGUUUUAGGUAGGUACACAUCAUAACUUUUUGAUUGUUAUCUAUCUAAAUAAUUACACUUUUUAUUCGCAGUAUCAUCGCAGUCCACCGAAGUUUGAAUAUUUGUCUAUUCUGCACGAAUAAAUUUAAAAAAUCAAUACAAUACCUGUGAAUUCAUUUUAAUAGGAUACUAUUAUUUGUGAUGAGUUUCAGACAAUUUUUUUUAACAUUAUUCUAUGAGUUCUAUAACGUUCUAUGAGUUACCGAAACACAAUUUAAUUUGUAUUAGUAAUCAUUUGAAAGUUAUACGUUUUAAACAGUAUACUGUUUAAAAUGUAAUAUAAUAUACAUUUUAUUUCAUAGGUACGAAUAUUGCAAUAUAGCAUAGAUUAUACAAAACAUUGUGUGAUCUGUAAUAGUAUAAUAUAACAUAAAAGAAGAAUUAGUAUAAUAUAACAUAUUCUUAUUUUGUAUUAAAUUAAUAGUAUUAUUAUUAUCAAUGCAUUUUGUUUAUAAUAUUAUCUAUUAAUAUAUAAAACAAUUGAAUUAGGUUAGAGAUAAUAUAUGAAAAAAUAAACUGUUUGUUAGUGUAUCUAAUAUAAGUGCAAUGUAGAUACGUACUUCGAAAACGUUAAUUUUAACGCAAUUUGCAUAAGUAAGCAUAAGUAUUUUCUGUAUUUUUAAUUAUUGAACAAUACAAAUAAAAAAAAUAAACGAUCCCAUAGCACCUACAUUUGAAAAUUAAAAUCAAAUACAAGUAGGUAUUAUAUAUUAUACCAGUGGUGGACAUCGGGGAGGACGAUUGGUUGUUCGAUCAACACCAGAUUCCACCAGUGAGGAUUUCGUCAUCGCUGUACAUUAUUACUUAUAAAUUAAUACUUAAGAAAUCGUAUCCCAAUAUCCAUGUAGAUUUGAAAUUUGAUCCCACUUCAGAACUAGGAUAUAUCCGUUACUGUACUAUUUAAGCAGAUAAGUACCCAAUCAAUAUUGAAGUCCAUAGUUUAGGUAAAAUAUUAUUAAAUUAAAUUUGUUAUUUUUGUAAAACUUCAUCUCCAAUACUAACAACGAUUAUAGGAGAGGUUAGGUUAAUAUAUCAAUAAGCUAUAUUUAAUCGCAAUAUCGCAUUUAUAAUUUUUAUUGAAUGUAAAAGUGUGAUUUAAAAUUAGUUAUAUUAAAUUGGUGUUUGGUUUGUAACAAAUGUAUGCUUUCCUUUAAAUUUUAACUUUUCAACGUCAUUUUUUCUUUAUUACUAAUUUUUUAAAUAGGCUUGUACCUAUUUUGCGCUUUACAUAUUUUAUUGUGUUAAUUUCUUACUUUUAUAAUAUAUUUGAACAAUAUGAAUAGUCUUCUUUUAACUAUGUAUAAGAAAAAAAAAACCAACAAUAAUACGAUUUUAUAAAUACACACAAGUAAAUAUCGUACAAUUACUUUAAAGUUCAGUGAAUUUUUCGUUUGAUAUUCUAUGAUUUAUUUCGAAUAAUAAAACUUUAGGUAAUUAAAAUAAAAUAAUGAUGUAUACACGGAUACAUGUUAUGUAAAUGGAUGGAUGGUUGUCUGAUGAGUGACGAUAAAAUUAUUUGUUUAAUGUUCGUGCUGGCCAACUAAUGGAUGCAUUAUUUUCUGGGGAUAGAUACCUAAACGUUAUAGAAUAUAGAUAGGUAUUAGUGUGUGUACAAGUCACACAUAAUAAUAGACAAGCUCAAGUUCAAAACGUAAAGCGAAUGUAUAAUGUAAAACGCAAUAAAAAUAAAUAUAUAUGAGUCACUGCAGCGAUGAUACACUUAAAUUUGUCGAUUUUAAUUCCUUAAAAAUUGUGCCAAAGCUGCGUAAUAAUUGUAAUAAUUCCGAAUUCGAGUGUACUCGAUUGCAGACAGGGCAGUGUUUAACGGGUGUGACGGGAGGAGGACAAAUUUUACGGUAUUUCGAAUGUGGCAAACUACGGUGAACAUAAAACCAAUAAUAACUCGAAUAACCGACAUUUAUUGGGUGGUAAAGUUCGUUUUGGCUACGAGCCGCAGUUUAGAGCUUAAUACAGCUUAACAAUAUUAUAUAACAUCGCUCGCGGGAUGACUUUUUGCAUUCGCUUAUUAUUUUCAAUCAAAUAUUAUUUUCAAACACAAAUACAGUUCGUCUUGUAAAGAAUCUAAUUCCUAAACUUUGAAUAUUUUACGCAUAAUUUCAUAUUUUAUAGUUUGUGAUUAUUUUUAGAUCAUAUUUUAGCAGUACUUAGCUUUUGAAUGCUAUAAAAGGACAUACACUAAAAUCUUAUCUUAUAUUUAUAUUGUUCUAUUUUAUGCAUGCACUGAUGCGCGAUAGCAUCAAUUCAGUCGGAUAAACUAUCGUAAAAUAGUUAUACUUAAGUUAUUAAAAACAAUCAUUAUUGAGUUGAAAAUACAAGUGUACCAUUUCAAUAAAAAAAAAAAAAAAAAAAACAUCUUAUAGAGCAUAUUUUUAGUGCGUAUUUACGCGGUUUUUUCGGCGCUAAAAGUCCCUAAGCCUAAUUGUAACGAACGUUUUUAAAUAUAAUAUUACAGUAAAACGUCCAUAUUUACGGUCACCGAAGGGACGACCGGAAAUAAUGACCGUUAUUUAUAGGCGGGCUACAGAGGCGUAGCACUUGACGGGCCCGAAAAAUAUCACCGAUACAUAGAGGUGACCGUCUUCUAGAGGUGACGGUUAACGGAAGUUUUACUCUGUGUAUGCGUCUACAGAACGUACAACCGCGCCGGGAGAUUUAAAACACCCCCCUCUAUAAUAUGAUAUUUCAAUGUAACCGCACUCGUAUGUAUGCGAAAAUAUCUCGCGCGCCCUCACCCACCUCCGCUCCCCCCGCCCCACCCGGUCGUAUAGGUACACGCGCGGCUAUAGCGCCGAGCCGAAAGAAUACAGCGGUUUUAGAUUAUCGACGAAAAACCGGGCGCCUGCGCGAAAAGCCCCUUUUCUCCGUCCCGCGGCGACACGCCUCCAUACGCCACCGCCGUCCAAUCCGUUCCGCGCGCCGGACACGGGGUCUGACGGCGGAAUAACCCCUGAAUUAUUUAUCCCCCAAGCUAACAAUUUUCAACCCGCGCCGCGCGCGCAGCAGACGCGGGCGGUUGUUUUCAUAUAAUAUGUACGCUAUGUUGUAGCCGUGCACGUAUACGCACACGUUCGGCUCGAUGACAGUUUUCCCACGCGCGCGCGCGCGCGCGUUUCGAUAUUAUUUUUCUGUCCAUCUUUGUGUUCCGAACGGGAGUGUAUGUUUUUUUUUUUUUUUUUUUCUCUGUUAAAUCGAUACUAAAAACCGCCGUCUGACUAAUCUAUUGUUUACCGCGCAGGUGAUUAUGAAAAAUGAAUAAUAUCAUUCGUUCGUGAAUCACGCGACCGAUUGUUGUACAGCAGUCGUAGACGCGGUUCGGUCGGCAUGUACAUCAGUAUAAUCAUCAUAUCAGUAUAAUACAUACAUAUCAUACAUCAGUAUAAUAUACCGGCGGUACAUGUCUGAUUAAAACACGACGGCCAAACAUUAUUCAUCGAUGCUCAAACCGUGUUAUAACCCCGAUCCGUCAUACCGCCGCGUUCAUAGGCGCGACUAAGAGUGGGGUGGGUCCUUAGCGGCCCCGAAAAACCCACCAAGUUUUUCGUACAGUAGCGGUUAAAUAUUUUAUUCGCGUGUUUCUCAUAAUUAACGAACAGAACAAACUACAGAUGAUUUCCUGCGCAGUAAAUGUGCGUAUGUGCGUACGUUUAAAUGGUUAUGAUAAAUUUGCAUUUCAAAUGAAACGGGCAGUUGCUUAUUUUAAGAGCCGUGCAAAGGGGAUUGUGGGGGCACGGUAUAGAUUAGUAAGUAAAUAACCGCCACGGGUAGUCUUUGAUGAGAUCUUCCGUAAUUUCAGCUUCCCCAGAGUUGGCGGUCUAGUCACGUCUAUGGUCGCGUCGUCUCCGCGGCAGAAUCUCUCCAGCAGCUCGGAAUUCGGUUAAUUCCAUUUUAAACGUCGUUAGGAUAGAUAACCUUUUGUUUUUCUUUUGUAUAGAUAACGAAGUAUUCCAAACAUUCCUAGUCGAACCUAUCAUUGUCUAUCUAGAAACAAUAAAACAAAAACACCCAUUUCUAUAAUAAUAGGAUAUUCCAAACGCUCCUAUCCAGAAAUGAUAAAAGAACCACACUAAAGUUUUUUUUUUCCUCCUGAACAAUUUCCCAAAAUCGACUUGCGUGAUCGCGUACCUACAUACAGAAAUCGAAGAAUAAAAUACACGUCAGUAAACAUUUUUCGUACUUAAUAAUACGCGAAUAAUAGCGAGUUCUAUGUAUCAUUAUAACAUAAUAUAUUAUAUACGCAUGAGUCAUUCAUCAUUAUAAAAUAUGAUCUAUAUAAUAUUAUUAUAUUGUACGUGUUGUUUAUUCAGGUCUUAUACUUAGCGCAUUUUGGAUAUUUAUUCGUAGUAUUGGUAUAGUUAUUUUUACUUCAAACGAAUAUGUAAUGAAUUAUACAGAUACUAUCUAUAUCUACGACCUACCAUUGUGUAUUAUAUAGUAUUAAAGCUUUGUUAAACUAAGUUAAGGUCAUUUUUUCAGUUUAUACACAUACGUGAACUGAUCGUUUUUAAUUGGGUAGGUAUAUUUCGAGGUUAUGGAUAUUGUGGAAUAAUGGUGUUUUAUAAUUCGAUUCGGUAUUGAUAUUGAGUUUGGUUAAAAUUGAAAAUCAUCGUGGACAUUGAACAAAUAUCAUUUAAAAUUAUUUACCUAUUUGUAAUCAAAAUGAAAUUAAAAAAAAAAAAAACUUACUCUUAUUAUAAUAUUAUUAUAGACAUUUGUUAUAUUUCCUAUACCUAUAAGGCUAUAAUGUAAAUGAUUUCGAAAAUAAACACACGCGUACAAUGCGACGAGUUGUGCAAUAGAGGUUGAUAAGUCCCCACAUCACAACGGUUAAAGGGCUCGUGACGCUUCCUAUUCAUAGGAAAAUGAUUUUCGAAAAGCUAAUAAUACGAGCUGAGUAUACAAUACAAUCGUUUCUCCCCUUCGGAACUACAGGCACCUUUACGACGACGCAUAAUAAUAACAAUAUGUAAACCAUUAUCGGAGUGUGUCAAGUGAUUAAUAAUCCAACAACACUCAGGUAAACGAACCCCUUUGCCUGUAUAGAAGGGGGAGAAUCGAGAAUGAACCUGCCCCGAUAUCCUGCACGCAUGUGCCCGGAAGUCGGUUGUUAAUCGGUCGGAAACGAUCUCGGGGGAACCCGAUGAUCACCCCCUAAAUAAAUACGCACCCCUGGGGAGAAAUUAACGAUUUUUUAAAUCUCCAGCGGAUCAACUAAUAUACAAUUGUAUAAAAAAAAAACCCUAAGUAAACGAGAAUGAAUACUAAGUAUUUUUCGUUUUCAGUAAAAAAUGUUGGACGUGAAGAGAUCAAUUUCGAUGCUACCAGCACCAGUAAAUUCGGAACCGGACACGGACUUGACCAGCUUGAAUUGGUUGCAUAGUUUAACAAAUAUACUUUCAGUGCCAUCUCUUCCUACGCCUCCCGAUUCUCCUAAUUCACCUGCAGUGCGUACAGCAGAUCAAAACCCCAAAAAGCUUCCGCACAAAAUCCGCUUCCAGAUGAGUGAGUGUAGUCAGAUUAUUUGACAGUUCACGAUGUAUUCAUUAUUGAUAUUUCUUCUUAGGUUUGGAAAGUGCUGAACAGUAUAAAAAAAACGGAGACACAAAACCACCAUUCUCAUACUCAACAUUGAUUUGCAUGGCUAUGAAAGCUAAAGGAAAUAAAGUCACAUUAAGUUCUAUUUAUGCUUGGAUCAGAGAAAAUUUUUUAUACUACCGAAACGCUGAUCCAAGUUGGAAGGUAUACAAUCGUUUAAAUAUUUAGACGAAAGCAAAAUAAAUGGAAUACUAUAAUGAUUUUAUUUAUUUUUAGAAUUCCAUUAGACACAAUUUGUCGUUGAACAAAUUCUUCGUAAAAGUCCCACGGUCCAAAGACGAACCGGGCAAAGGAGGAUUUUGGAAGUUUGAUGUUGAUUGUUUAGAAGGUGGUGCUCGACGUAAACGAACAAGUAAAUAUGACUUACUGAAUCACAAAAUGUUGAUACAAAUUGAAGUUAUGUUAGGGUUAGUGUUCAAUAUCCUGUCUGGGUAUUGGACACUUUUACUUUACUUAUAUCUGAAUCUUUGUAAAAGUGUUUUAUUUUUUUAAGAAGCCAAGAAGCUAUAGCAAAAUGUUUGUUAUAUUUUGCCUUAAAUUAUUUAUUUCCCUUAUAUACGUAAUUUCGAAAUAAUGUAUUACAAAUAAAAAUAUAAAUGUAUAAUCCUGUUUAUAUUUUUCGGGUAGGUUUUUUAUACUAAAAUUUAUUCAAGUUUCGAUUUAUUGAUUAAUUUUAAAAGAUUGCUUAAAGUUUACUAAAUAUUUUUUCAAAAUCUAACUAAAAUCAAAUCAAAAUAAAAUUAUAGUUUUGCUAUUAUUUAUACUUUUGAUAUUUUUUUAAUUUUUCAAAAUUAAAUUAGACAUAUUAUAUUUUCUGAAUAAAUGAUAUAUCUUUAAAACAUUCAGAAGACUAUUGAAUUAGUGAAUAGAUUAAGAUUAUAUAAACCUAUUAAAUUGUUAUGAUUUGAAGUUAUAAACAUCGAUUACUUUACAUAGGUAGCCGCAGACGGGCAAGCCGGAUGCAGCAAAAGAACAACAAGAAUAAAGUCCAAGAAGAGCUGAUCAUUGACGAUGAAAAAGCACUGGAGUUGGCCGUUCUAUCUCUGGAAGAGGAACAGCGGCAUAUGGACAGUUUAGACGAUUUUAACCAGCAGCCAAUGAUGCUUCCUGUCGACGAGUCAAUGGGUGAAAACGAGUUGAUCUACAGCUGUUCGAUAAACGCAGCCACCGUGGAUCCGUUUAUGUCUUCUGUGGUCGAUUACACAAUAAUUGACAUACCCAACGACCAUCAUCAGCAAAUCGCUACGGACGAAGAGCUAACCAUGCUCAACAACUUGACGUGGGACGAUUCGCAAAUGGAUUUACUCGAUUCAUUGCUAGACUCUUUGUAGAGACGAUAUUGUGGUAUGCGUUGAUUCCUAUUAUGUAACGAAUCCAUUCUAUAACAUUCCGUUUCGAGUGUUUUGAAGUGUCAAAGUGAAACUAGUCUUUUUUUUUUAAAUUUGUAUUAUUACUAUUAUUAUUUAACAUUAAUUACGUAGAACAAUAUCAUUAUGGAGAGGUAAAAAGUUUGAUAGGUAAUUACUGUUUGGAUUUAAAUAAUUUAGUAUUUAUUUAGAUUUGAUUACUUUUAACUGUAGAGGUCUCCAUAAUGUAUCUUAUCUGCAGUUUAGUAUAAACUUUCUGUGGUUCACUGUGUAUAUAUGAAAGAAAAUAACGUAUUUACAGAAAAGUUACUAAGUAAAUUCGAGAAAUUCGGUUAUCUUUUAUUCUUUUAUUUUAAUAUACUCGUAUUAUCUACAUUGUAUUUCUUUAUUUCUCUCUUGUAAAACUUUAUUAAUAUUCCUUGUUUAACGUGUAAACAAUAUAGCGAUUUAAAUGUUGUAUUAAUUUUUUAAAUAAGCACGAAACUAUCUAAUGUUUUACGUACAAAAAAAUAAUUUAAAAAAUAAAUAAAUAUAUGAAAUAACUUAUAACACUAUAUGAGCAUUAAACUAUAAUUAUAUUAAUAUUAUUAUAAACAAAAAGCCUAUAUCAUGUAUAACUACAAUAUAAUACAUAUAAUAAUGGUAUAUUAUAUUCUUAUAUUAAAUAUUGAUGAAAAAAUAAAUGUGCUAUUAAUGUCAACCAAGUAGUUGUACAAUAAUAACCAUUGUAACCACCGUUGUUUAGAACUGAACUUAGUAAUUUUCCUGUUCCUUGGAUAGCUUUAAUCUGUUCGCGAUUUAAUGACGAUCGUUGGGCAUACGUAAGUGCGUCUAUGGCAGACAACGAUAAAUGUGACAGUUGCUCUAUCGACAUGGC